UUUUAGACUCGUUCUAGACUCUGCAUAAGGCAAAGCAACAAGCGAAUAAAAAAAGAGAAAGAAAAAAAAUGAUAGACACCAACCCCCGCGAAACCAUCACCCAACUCUUUUCCUUCCUCCGCGCCCAAGGAAACACAGAUUACCUCGGCGAGCGCGUCUCCCAGCUCCAACACUCACUACAAUGCGCCCACCUCGCCACACAAUCUCCGCAGUACGGAUCCGACCCGGAGGUCAUCCUGGGCGCACUACUCCACGACGUCGGGCGCUUCAUCCCCUCUGCAAAAGAUAUGCCAGCCAUGAUCGCCCCAGAUGGUGCGUACAUCGGGCAAGCAAGUCAUGAGGUCCUCGGUGAGCGAUACCUGCGACAGCUGGGAUUCGGCGAGAAAGUGUGCCAGCUGGUAGGGUCGCAUGUGGUGGCGAAGCGGAUAUUAACGGCCACGGAGAAGGGGUACUAUGAUGGGUUGAGCGAGACGAGUAAACGCACGUUGGAGUUCCAGGGGGGUGUCUUUUCGGAGGAACAGGUUUGUGAGGCGAGGAGGGAUCCGUGGUUGGGAGAGAAGUUGGACGUGAGGAGGUGGGAUGAUCGCGCGAAGGAUCCUGAGAUGGAGGUUCCUGGUUUGGAGGAGUAUGUGGAGUUGGCUGUGAGGUGUCUUGAUGAAUCGAGGGCAUGUGUCGUUGUGGUCUCACGCCGGUAUCCACUCCCUGAGAAGCCAGUCUUGAUUGUCUCGGUCUCAGAAGGUCUUUUGAAUCAGUGUCUUCACCAUAUGCUGGAGGAAAUCAAGUGCCAUGACUGGAUUAUGGAAGGCUUUCCCCGGGUGGAGAAUGGGGAUAGACCGGCUGUGCAACGGGAGGCGCUUGAACAGCUGGCACGACGAGGAGUGAGGGUGGUUGACCUUGCCGCUGGUGGCCAGGACUAUUCCAAGAAUAAUACAUGUCUACCCCCUGACUCAAACGUAGUCGACAUCUACAAUGAGCUGGAGGGACUGCCCCCCACAGACCCGACUGGGCGUGCUCAGGUCGUGGUACGGCGAGGCCUUGCCCUGCUACAGCAACGGAAAGCCGACUUCGUUUACCUCUCUCUGCCAACCAGCCUGAAAGAUGGCCCAUUUGGUGAUCUUCUAGAGGAGCUCAAAGAUGGACUAGUCGGCCUAGAUGCGAUCAUCGCGAUCACGGCAGAAAAGGCCCCAGGUGGCGGAGACAGCACCGGGCGGACAGUAUUUGACGCGGUCUUUGACCGAGCCAAGAAAACUACCAAAUCUUCUUCUGUUGAUCUACCAUAGCCAAUU